UUCGAAGUUGCAUAAAAACAAAAUGAUGUCGAAUAUUUGAUACAUUGGCUCCACUUUGCCUGCCCAUAUCUCUGGAUACAUCCACAGGGGAUAUCUUAUUCUCACUUUCACUUCCCAAACUAUUUUCUCACAUUCAUUUCAAUUCAUUUUUGUGGCAAACCAACAAUUUUCACAAGUAAAACCAUGGCAAGAUUGGUUGCAUUUUUCUCUAUUUGUUUACUCUUUGCAUCAAUUUCUUCUGCCACUUCAGUCGGCAACCCUUUACUUGUCAAGGGUAAAGCUUACUGCCACACUUGCCGCUGCGGUUUUGAGACACCUGCUACCAAGUACCUCGCCGGUGCAAAGGUUAGAAUUGAGUGCAGGCACAGGGUCACGGAGGCACCCACUUACACUGUUGAAGGUGUGACCAACUCUCAAGGAGAAUACAAUAUCUUGGUUAACAGUGACCGUGGUGACGAUGUGUGUGAUGUCGUCCUGGUUAAGAGCCCCGAUCCCACCUGUGCAAAGGCCAAUGCCGGCCGUGAUCGUUCUCGGGUCAUCCUUACCCGCAACAAUGGCAUGAUUUCCGAUGUCCGUUUUGCCAAUGCGAUGGGUUUUCUCCGCGAUGAGCCUCUUGCUAGCUGCGCUCAGAUCCUCCAGCAAUACCAAUUGACGGAUGACCAAGUUUAAAUUAUUUAAACAUUAUGAAAGGGCAUUCUUAGUUGUGAUGAUGGUGAUGAUGCCUCGUGCCUGAAUUUAAUGUCUCAUUAAAUUUGUUACUACUACUUGAUUAUAUAUGGAAUCUCUUUCUUUGUGAGACCUAGUUAUCUUAUAUUUUAAUUUAUUUAUUUGAUA